UUUCUUGUCACCACAUAUAUCACUGUGUUAGUGCUCUCUUCUUCUGUUUCCUUCUGGAGAACACAGUAUUUUUAUCUUUACUGAGCAAACUCAAGAAUCUUUGUGUUGAAAAGUUAAGAUCUUUGAGAAAGAUGAGCUCUUUUUUGAAGUUUCUUGGUUUCUAAAUUGAUUAUAUGGUUUCGGUUUCAGUUUUCUCAAUCAUUUUGCUGAAGUGUUCAAUUUAAAAGUGUCUUCUUGUUAAGGGGUGAUGAUUGAUGACCCUUUGUAGUUAGUUAGCUCAGUGGACAUCUGUUUUUUUUUUAAGCAAAGUUGAGAUCUUUGAGAAAGAUGGGGUCUUUUCUUGGUUUCUAGUUUUCUCCUUCAUUUUACUGAAAUGUCAAGUUGGAAAGGGUCUUCUUGUUAAGGGAUGAUGACCCUUUGUAGUUAGCUCAGUGAAUAUCUCUUUGUUUUGAAAAAGUUAAGAUCUUUGAGAAGGAUGGGGUCUUUUCUUAUGUCUUGUUGAAGCUUUCUUGAUUUCCAGUUUUCUCCAUCAUUUGGCUGAAAUGUCAAAUUGGAAAGGGUCUUCUUGUUAAGGGAUGAUGACCCUUUGUAGUUAGCUCAGUGAAUAUCUCUUUUCUUUGAAAAAGUUAAGAUCUUUGAGAAAGAUGGGGUCUUUUCUUAUGUCUUAUUGAAACUUUCUUGAUUUCCAGUUUUCUCCAUCGUUUGGCUGAAAUGUCCAUUAAAAGGGGUCUUCUUGUUAAGGGAUGAUGACCCUUUGUAGUUAGCACAGUGAAUAACUCUUUGUUUUGAAAAGCUGAGAUCUUUGAGAAAGGUGGAAUCUUUUCUUAUGAUUGUUGAAGCUCUUCUUGGUUUGUAAACUGAGAUACUAUGGUUUCAGUUUUCUCUAUCAUUUUGCUGAAAUGGUCUUCUUGAUAAGGAAUGACUGGUUCAUGUUGGGGAUUGUCCCUUUUUCUGUAUUAAACAAUGUUAUUUCAUGUAAAUGUGUUGAUUAAAUCCAGAAAUUAUUACAAUAGCUGCAAAGCUGAAGGUAUCAUCAAUUUCAGAUACUUACUGACAAUGGGGGCUUCAGAAGCUGCCCUACAGCUUUUAUCCGGUGAGCUUUCAUGUCAAGUCCGAACAAGUUCAAUCUUGGCGAAGUCAAACUCUUUACUUUGUUAUGAACGUUGUUUUAAAGCUAGAAAUUACGGGGACUGGAGGUAUAAGCAGAUAAACAGUAUAAAAAAGCUGCAAGAUUGCUCGAGUUUACAUGCUUUUCAUGGCUUACAUAGUGUUUUCUGCGGAGAAAAGCUUCUUAGUCAGUCAAACUUAUUGAUCUGCAAUUGUCAACAACCUGAAAGAGUCAGUGAGACAAUCAUUAAAGGUGGAAAUGGGAAGUCGAUGCACACUGUGUCUCCAAAGAUUCCAAAUCUUGCUCCAGAUGAACAGAACAUGAAGCAGGAAAAUGGAGCUAGGCCUUUCAGUGAAGGUUUUAAGACUGCUGCUUCAGUUAAUAGUAGGCCUAGAACCAAUACGGAGUCUAUUGAGGAUGAAGCGUGGCAUUUUUUGCGAGCUGCCAUGGUUUAUUACUGUGGCAGUCCAGUUGGAACUAUAGCUGCUAAUGAUCCAAGUGAAGCAACUAUGCUAAACUAUGAUCAAGUUUUUAUACGCGAUUUUAUACCUUCUGGGAUAGCAUUCCUUCUUAAAGGAGAAUACGAUAUCGUGAGGAACUUUAUACUUCACACGCUUCAGUUGCAGAGUUGGGAGAAAACAAUGGAUUGCUAUAGUCCAGGUCAAGGACUUAUGCCCGCCAGCUUCAAAGUGCGUACAAUUCCACUUGAUAAUGACGAAUCUGCAACAGAAGAUGUACUGGAUCCAGACUUCGGUGAGGCAGCAAUUGGUCGAGUUGCUCCUGUUGAUUCAGGAUUAUGGUGGAUUAUAUUGUUGCGAGCAUAUGGGAAAUGCUCUGGAGAUCUUUCUCUUCAGGAGAGGGUUGAUGUCCAAACUGGAAUGAAGAUGAUACUCAGGCUAUGUCUUGCAGAUGGCUUUGAUAUGUUUCCGACUUUGUUGGUGACUGAUGGUUCUUGCAUGAUAGAUCGUCGCAUGGGAAUCCAUGGCCACCCUCUGGAAAUUCAGGCGUUAUAUUAUUCAGCCUUACUUGGUGCACGGGAGAUGCUUGCUCCAGAGGAGGCAUCAACAGACCUUGUUAGAGCACUUAACAAUCGAUUGCUAGCAUUGUCAUUUCAUAUUAGGGAAUACUACUGGAUCGAUGUGAAAAAAUUGAACGAGAUCUAUAGAUACAAAACGGAGGAGUAUUCAUAUGAUGCAAUCAAUAAGUUCAAUAUAUAUCCAGAUCAAAUUCCUCCCUGGCUGGUGGAAUGGAUGCCUAGUGAAGGGGGUUAUCUUAUCGGAAACCUGCAGCCAGCUCACAUGGAUUUUCGGUUCUUUUCACUUGGGAACGUUUGGUCCAUUGUAAGCAGUCUUGCUAACAUAGAUCAGUCACAUGCCAUUUUAGAUCUUAUUGAAGCCAAAUGGGAGGAUUUAGUAGCUGAUAUGCCACUGAAGAUAUGUUAUCCUGCUCUUGAGGGCCAGGAAUGGCGCAUUAUUACUGGUGGUGAUCCGAAAAACACGCCUUGGUCUUACCAUAAUGGAGGAUCCUGGCCAACGUUGCUCUGGCAGCUGACUGUGGCAUGCAUAAAAAUGAAGAGGCCUGAAAUAGCUGAAAAAGCAAUUAAGAUUGCGGAAAGACGCUUAUCCAGAGAUAGGUGGCCUGAGUACUACGAUACAAGGCGAGGAGGGUUCAUUGGGAAACAAGCACGUCUGUUUCAGACAUGGACUAUUGCAGGAUAUCUAGUGGCAAAGCUGCUUAUUGCCAAUCCAGAGGCUGCAAAGAUGGUAAUCAAUGUGGAGGAUACAGAACUUCUAAGUGCUUUUUCAAGCAUUCUGAGUUCAAACCCAAGGCGAAAACGAUCACGAAAAGGAGUUAAACAGUCCUUCAUCAUAUGAAAGUUUUAUUUUUGUUACUUAAGCCUUAAGUGUGUACUAUUGACCUGAGAUGAACUCAAAUGGAAUGAUAAUUGUCAGUGGAGAUUCAUAUAGUCGACCCCCAAAGUGCUCGAGAUUGAAGCA